UUAUAAGAAACAUUACGAGAGGUGAAUGCGUCUUGCUGAGCAUAAUUUAACUUACGUAAACUAUUAGCGUAGAUAAUAAACAAGUUGAGUAUAUAUUGAUUAAAGUCAAAUUGAUCAGGCUUAUACGAGGACAGCUACGUGUUAGUGUUUUCAACGGCUGCUGUCACUGCAAACAAUCAUGACGAGUCACCAGUUAACACGGUCACUCCUUGAACCAAAACACAUGGACACAGUAUUGUGAAUUGAAAAAUACAUAAAGUAUUUUUGGGGUGUUUUGGUGAUUUAAUCAAACGUAUUGAACACCGUCUCCAAUAAAUAUCUCUGAAUUUAAUCGCUUUCCAUGAUCAAACUCGCCAUCUUAGCCAAGACAAUUUCACAGACAGCCGACGUAGCUACUAGCUAACUUAAUUAUUGUGUCGGUUUGAGAACAAAACGUUCCGUGAUUCGUCGUUAAUAAGUAGAUGUAUAGUAGAUACCGAAAUACUUUUGUAUAGCAAUUAUUGAACAUAUAGCUUAUCUGAAAAAGAAAUGUUAGCAUUUUUUGUUGGAUCUUCAUAGUUGUGAGCUAGCGGGGCUGCGCUACGUAACCUACGUCAUCUCCUAUUCUUCAACCGCUGACACAAACAUCGUAACGCCGGAUAAGCUGACACUAUGGAGGAACCGUGGGACUUUGAGUUUUUAUCCCGCAUCGCCGACAGCUGCUUGUCGUUUCUCUCCGAGUUUGUGGACGACUGGCUCGCCAACGACAUGAGAGUCUCCAUAUUCAAAAUCUUAUUAAGCUGGUUAAUUUUUAGUCUCAUCGCGAUUCAUUUUGCAUGGAAGGUCUACGGGGAUACAGUGAACGAUAUGUAUUAUCGACAAGGGACUGGACAAAACGGAGGCACACCUGAUACUGUACCUCACCUGAGUGGAUGGGAAAGCACAGCAGGAGACACCCUGAAGACUCAUCGAGAUUGACAGGACAAUGGUCUUCAGAUUUUAUCCAAGUGCAAGCUGGACAGUUAACAUCUCCCAGAGACACUGAAUGCACCCUCAAGUUUACUUAAAGAAAAAGCAUCAUCAUCAAUGCAUUCUGGAUGGACAAACUUACUGACAGCUGUUCUUAGAAAUACCCAUUGUCACUUUUCAUGCAUGCCAACAGUGUCAUACAGGUAUCUGCAUAAUUGACCUCAUAGCAUCUGUGAGAUAUUUAUUGUGACCUGUCAACACUGGUCUUUGAGCAGAAGUUUAUUCUGCAUACCUGAAUUUUUCAUUUUGGCUUCAUGGUCUACGUUCUCUCCAUAUCUUGCAAGACGUUACAAAUAUGAAACAUAU